AUGGCGAUGAUGAUGACUGGCCGUGUGCUGCUGGUGUGUGCCCUCUGCGUGCUGUGGUGCGGUGCGGGCGGCGGUUUUGCAAACGAUGAGAAGUCAGGUCCUGGGAAUCGUGCUGAACUUCCGCUUGCAUCACAAGGACUUGAAACAGCUCCACAAGAUUCCCAAGGGUCACAAAAUAGAGCACCAGGUGGAGAAGAAAAUUUAACUUCCGUACUUGGAGAGGAAGCUGAUGGUGAUGAUGUUGAUAGAGAGAAAAAAGCGGAAGAAGAAAAAAUUACUGAAAGGCAGGGCAGUGAAGGAGGAACAGCUGCAGUAGGCCCAGAUUCCAGGGAAACGAAUUUAAGUGACAGCGAGCAGGAAACAGGCC